CAGGGUGAGGGAUGGGAUGGGAGGUUGGGGAAAACAGCAAAGAUACCAGAAAUAUUUCGCCCGUUAAGUCAAGCCAUUUCUGUGUGGAAAUGAUCUGUGGAGCAGAUCAAUGAGGAUGCAGAUCGCUGACGGUUUCGAGAUCUUCAACCCUGUUUUUGAUGCACAUGGGGUGGAGGUGGGCUUGGGAAAACAGGUUCGAUCAAAGAACGAAGGGUUAAAGGUGCGGACGAGCCUAGUGGCAGCUUGUGACCAAGAGAGGGCGCCUGGACCGCCUAGGCCUGUCCCCACCCCUUUCCUACUUCUCUCCCCACCCGUCAAUAGCACACGCCAUUCUCCUGCGGAAGACCACGCACAUUUCCAGGUACCACGCAUAUUUCCAGGUACCACGCACAUUUCCUGCACUCUCGACUUCCUCUCUUGGCGUCUCCACUCAGAACCCACCUGCCCCCCGGCUUCUCAUCUCGGCUCUCCAGGCACAUCACCACUGGACAUGGCCGGUGUGGACCAGCGUGAGGGCACCAUCCAGGUGCAGGGCCAGAACCUCUUCUUCAGAGAGACCCGGCCUGGGAGUGGGCAGCCUGUCCGCUUCUCUGUGCUGCUGUUGCAUGGUAUCCGCUUCUCCUCGGAGACUUGGCAGAACCUGGGUACUCUGCAGAGGCUGGCCGAGGCUGGCUACAGGGCUGUGGCCAUUGAUCUGCCAGGUCUUGGGCGAUCCAAGGAAGCAGCAGCCCCUGCCCCUAUUGGGGAACCAGCCCCUGGCAGCUUCCUAGCUGCUGUGGUGGAUGCCUUGGAGCUGGGACCCCCAGUUGUGAUCAGUCCAUCAUUAAGUGGCAUGUAUUCACUGCCCUUCCUCGUGGCCCCCGGGUCCCAACUCCGGGGCUUCGUACCAGUGGCUCCUAUCUGCACAGACAAAAUCAAUGCUGUGGACUACGCCAGUGUGAAGACUCCAGCUCUCAUUGUAUAUGGAGACCAGGACCCCAUGGGCUCCUCCAGCUUUCAACACCUGAAGCAGCUGCCCAACCACAGAGUGCUGGUCAUGGAAGGGGCAGGGCAUCCCUGUUACUUGGACAAGCCUGAUGAGUGGCAUAAGGGGCUGCUGGAUUUCCUGCAAGGGCUAGCCUGAUAGGAGGUUACAGACUGCCUGCUCUAGGAUCUCUUGCUGUCUUCUCCUGGUCUCUGGCUUCUGCCUCACCUGCAACAGGUCUGUCUAUACAUCUGUCUGGGUUGCUGUCAUUUCUGUUUUUCUCUUGCAGUGACAGAUCAGAUCAAGGCGGUAAAUCAAGUGGAAAAAGCGUCGGGUUCAAGGGGAGAACUCUGAUUGUGGGUAAUCUGUAAGCUUCCUCUACAGGCUCCCCUCUUGGUUCUCACUUCUGCCUUACUUCACUUUCUGAUCCAUCUCUCUCUUCAGCCGCUCCACAGGACAGCCAUUCCUUCUGCCCCCCCCCCCCCCCCCCCCGCGCCCCUUAGACCACAGACAGCAUAUGGGUAUUGCUUGUUUAGAUCCAUCCCACACCCAGACAGAACCUUUCCCUUGGGAGCAGCACAGGGGUCCCACAUUCUUGUGUAGUUUGCACAGGUACAUGUGCAGUUUCCUGAAGGAUGGGGGGAAUCUUUGUAAGAGAUCCACUUGCCAGGAUAAAAAUGUGGCCACCGCUAGGUACACCCGUUGCAACUGGCUCCAGACCAGAAUGGCCUCCUCAGAAGGGGAGGUGCUUUUCAAAUCUCCCUUAGGGGCUGCAUACCUCCCCAGGUAAUCAAGCACGGAUCUUCUCAGGCAAGCCCAUUUCCUUCCCUGAGGUCUGGGAGUGGGAUAAGGAGAGGAGACCGACUGCGGAGGUCCCUGAAAUAAAAUGAUACAAUUAGACCUCA